CCACUUGGGUGUUUGUGUGACCAUUUUGUGCUAGAUCAGUGCAGCGUAAGAGAUCAUCCAUCUGGUGGGCUAAAAUCAAUAGUGAAAUUGUAUGAUUGUUACUUAAAUUAAUUUCCUGACUUGUAUAUUACGUUCAUAUUAAGAGCCAUGGCAUCGAACGAUAGUUUGUGCCUUUCGACGACGGAGCAGCGAAAAAUACUUGCCAAAGCGUGGCUCAACGAUCAGAUUGACAUGGAUGUGCUAUUUGCCUGUGCCAUCUGCCAUAAUGCAAUCAACGUGGAUCAUCCAAUCCAUUGUCCGCAGUGUUCGAAGCUAUUCUGUGCCGAUUGUAUCGAUCGGUGGUUCAAUACCGGUGGAUCGCGGGCAUCGAUCUACUUGAAAGGCUGCCCAUGCUGCCAGGCGAAGGUAACGUUCACUCAAUUCACCUACUGUCGCGUCUAUCAGGAGGUACGCGAGCUAAUCGAAAGACUGCAAGAAAAUCUGGAACAAUUGAUCCAGCUGCUGACCAAGCCUGUGAGCGUCUGCGAAGAGCACAACAAAGAACUGCUAUUGUUUUGUCAGAAAUGCAGUAAGUGUGUUUGCUUAAAAUGCAUUCUGCAUGCUCAGCACCGCAUGCAUAUUGACGAGGUAAUGGAACUGGAUGAUGCUCGCGAGAAGCUGAAAGCCGUGAUCACCAAAGAGAACACCUUUCUGGUCGAUAGAUUAGCUGCACUGAGCAGGGCCGGGGCGAGAAUAGCGUCCCGGGAAAGUGAUAUGCACUUAGAUCAUGGGACAUUACUGAACGACCUGACCGGUGCUAUCGACACGAUGUUCGAAAAGAUACAAGAGGACAAGGAUGAACGGAUAAAACAGCAUUUGGCACCGGUUAAGGUCGUUACAAUGCGACAGCAGAAGGAUGUGGAGCUGGUCAUACAGAAAACAUUCGAACUGGCUUCAGAGGAGACGAGCCCAGAUGUGGUAAUGAAGACCUUACAGAUGGUCGAUGCCAUCAAGAAGAUGCAUAGCGAGCCGCUUCCCGUGCUUCAGCUUCCUGAUACCGAGUUUGUCAAUCCCAUAUCGCCUCCCCCGCUGGAGUUGCACUUCUCCAUGCGCAGCUUUUCGAAACGGAUCCUGCAGUCCUGUUCGGUUUUCUCCCUCCCGGAGUGCAUCGAGGGUUUCUUACUGCAACUGAAGGGUCACCACGAUUCGGAAGAGGACGUGAUCAAGCUUUCGCUGCGCAUCGUCGACGGUUACGACGUGAACGACAUCAAGGUGAUCUGCUACCCGACCAAGGGAGGCGAACCGCUGGUCAGGCGCAUGGACCUGAGGAAGGGCGAAGACAACACGGUGCUAGAGUUUCCCGACUUUCCUUCGAUGGGUGGCUUCCUGGAGGCACGCUCCGAUGAGCUGCAUAUGCAGAUGAAGUUUAGUUUGUGGGCUACGUACUACGAUAAGUGUGCCCAUAAGGAUUGGUACAUUAAGAAGCUGACCGGCGUUAAGCGGGAGGUGCUUGAAGAAAUGCAUAAAAUGCACUAAUAGUAAUGGUAAGGCGUUCGCGCUGGUCGUGACCAUUUGCCGUAUGAUUCGGUUUUGAGUGUAUCUUUAUUGUAAUAACCGUUGUGAUUUUUAUUUAAUGAUUGUAUGUAUCACUUGUACUAGACUAUAUAUUCAUCAAGAUAGGAUUAACCAUCAAUCUAAA